ACCAGCUUGAAGGUUAAAUUCCUGUAAGGCGACCGGCUUUACUCCACCGACAAAACCUGCAGCUCCCUGCGCUCAGUGUCUCUCGUUUCCCCCCAUCUUUUUACAUCUAAUCAGCCCAGCAUGUCGUCGAUAUUCAGCGAGGUUCCACAAGCCGCUCCCGUCGUCGUUUUUAAACUGACGGCAGAUUUUCGUGAAGACCCGAGUCCUACCAAGGUGAACCUCGGAGUGGGAGCAUACCGGACAGAUGAGUGUCAACCAUGGGUGCUGCCUGUUGUGAGAAAGGUGGAGAAGCUGAUUGCUGCGGAUGACAGUCUAAACCACGAGUACCUCCCCAUCCUAGGCCUACCUGAGUUUCGUUCUAGUGCAUCAAAGAUUGCUUUGGGUGAAGACAGUCCUGCCAUUUUGGAGAAGAGGGUUGGAGCUGUUCAGUGUCUUGGAGGAACUGGUGCUUUGAAGAUCGGUGCUGAGUUUCUGCGCAGAUUUCACAAUGGAAACAAUAACACAAAAACACCCGUUUAUGUCUCUAUGCCCACAUGGGAGAACCACAAUGCUGUUUUUGCUAAUGCUGGGUUUGAGGAUAUUCGUUCAUACAAAUAUUGGGAUGCAGAGAAGCGUGGACUGAACCUGUCUGGUUUCCUGGGUGAUUUAGAGAGUGCACCUGAACACUCUAUAUUUGUGCUGCAUGCCUGCGCACAUAACCCCACAGGCACAGAUCCCAACCACGAGGAGUGGAAGAAGAUUGCUGAAGUCAUGAAGAGGAGGAAUCUCUUUGCCUUCUUUGACUCAGCAUAUCAAGGCUUUGCCUCUGGGAAUUUAGAGAAGGAUGCUUGGGCAAUUCGCUAUUUUGUGUCUCAGGGUUUUGAAAUAUUCUGUGCCCAGUCUUUCUCAAAGAACUUUGGCCUGUACAAUGAGAGGGUGGGCAACCUGACAGUUGUUGCUAAAGAUGCGGACAACCUGAGCCGUGUUCUAUCUCAAAUGGAGAAGAUCGUCCGUAUCACCUGGUCCAAUCCUCCAUCACAGGGAGCUCGUGUGGUUGGGAUAACGCUCAACACCCCAGAGCUCUUUGCUGAGUGGAAGGAUAACGUUAAGACAAUGGCUGACAGGGUUUUGCUGAUGCGUGCUGAAUUGAAAGCCAAACUACAGGCUCUCGGCACCCCAGGCACCUGGGAGCACAUCACUGAGCAAAUCGGGAUGUUCAGCUUCACAGGCCUUAACUCCAAACAAGUGGAGUACAUGGUGAAGGAGAAGCACAUCUAUUUGAUGGCCAGUGGCCGCAUCAACAUGUGUGGCCUGACCACUAAGAAUAUUGACUACGUCGCCGAGUCCAUUCAUGAAGCAGUCACCAGGGUCCAAUAACCAUGUUUCUCAUGCCGGCUUUCCAUUUGUGUUGACAAAAAAGGCAUUAUUAAGAUGUCCUUACACACUCGCACCCCCCUUAUUUUUCUCAUAAUGCAGCAGUCCAGCAUCAUUUCAUCAUCAACAAAUAUAAACUGUAAACUAAAUUAGCAUUCAAGGUCAAGUAGUCGAUCAAGAGAUAGUUUUGUGUGGUAUUUGUCUCACUUGUACUCAUCCUGGAGUAGAACAUAAAUCUGUAAUUAAUGAGUCUGUUCCCCUUAUAUGGUGCAUCAUGGAGUUUCAUGGCAUUACUUAAAGAAGCACUUCUUGUGUAAUUAUGGAUUGAUGAGUCAGUACGACAAAGUAGUGAUGGAAUUUAUGUUAAUGGUUUCAGCUUGACUGGUUUUUAAGGUCUUGUACCGUUUCUGAAAAAGACCAUAAUAUUGUGCACAUGUACUUACUAUGUUGUAUUGGCAAGUCAGGGAUGAUGAGAUUAUUCUGUAAAGCUGAACAAGGAAGUGAAAGCUAUAGCAACUCCAAAAAAACCUUCAAGUCUGAGGAUACAUUGUCAUAAGGGGGUGUUUAAAUAAGUACAUGCCUGUGCUUAUAUAAAAUAUGAUCAAAAUUACUUGCGUGACUUAUUCAAAGUUUUUAUUUGAAUAUGAUACUGUAAAGUCUCUAGCUGAUAGCCACAAAGGAACAUGUUUUACAUCAAUUUUACCAAUAACUUUAACCUACCUUACCUAUAAGGUUUCCCUUGGGGAUCAAUAAAGUACUCUGUAUCUGUCUAUAACCUGUAUGAAGCAUACAACUCUCAUUAGGCUCCAGUUUACUACAGCAUCCUGACAACCAUUGUGGCUGCAUCAUCUAGCUCUUACCAUAUAAAUUUCACAGACUAUAGUGCAAUGUCAAGGUAACUUUGUCAAAUAUAUUUAACAUAAAGUAAGCUUUGGUUUAUGUUGCUUAAAUAAUUAAAUGUUAAGCAAGCCAAAUACACACGCACAAAAUAUAAUAAGCCUCUUGAAAUAAACAGUAUGAAAAUAUA